AUGACAACCAUUGAAGAUUCUACAAUGAACAAGGAGUUCGAGGAAUUACACAUAUCGAAAAGACUCCCCGCUAUACCGUCUGCUUCCAACGCCAAACCAGUGCAUCGAGAUAGUUUGACUGUAAAUAAGAGUCAAGUCGGUCUCGGGCUAGGAAGGAGACCCAGCGAUAAUUUAUUAAGAAGUUUUGCUCAUGAGGAGAGGAUUCCUAAUGAGACUACCAGUUUUAAUCCAGAUGAAUUUUCACCACCAAGAGGCAAAUUAAUUGAUAGACCUGUCUCGAAUGAUUCAAUUGGUACCAGAUCAAGCGGAUUGUUUUCUUCACCUUCCUCAGAUCUGAAUUCUGGUAGUUCAUCUAUCGAAAAUGAAAUUGGUGAGGAAGCCCUCCCUGAUGAAAAUGACGAAUCUCUAGACUCUAUAGAAAAUGUGCCAGCAACGAGGGAUCCACGAGAUUUUAUUAUAAGUUCGAAGAGUAAACAAACUUUCAAUGAUAUGGUGACACCGUCCAAGACUUUUUUCCGUAAUGGAACUAAAGCCAAGUCUCAAGUAUGUGUUGUUCCACAAGGUAGUUUGCCAAUGAGAACGCUUCAAAAUAGUAAUAAUGGGAACUUGGUAUCUAACGCACCCAAGAUGCUGCCUAAUCAAAGACUAUAUAAGCAUGCCAAUAGUACGUCAGCCAUCCUGGCAAAUAAAGUCCCAUUGACACCUUCUCAGCGUUAUAGGUUACGCAGAGAACAAAAUGAGAAAUCCAUCAGAAGUACAAUAAGGAAGAAGGAAAAGUACUAUGAUCAACAAGACCAAGUGAUAGAAUUACAAGAUGGUGAUAUUGACGACUCAUUAGUUUGGGAUAUCCCAAUGGCAUCAUUCUUAACCACGUCAUUCUUAACCAAAUCCAAUAACACAAGUUUUUCUCAGUCUCCUGCCCUGAGACAAUCGCCAUUAUUAGCACCUCCUAACGCACCAUUCCAGUCGGGGAAACAGAGAACUAACUCACCUACACAUAAUUGUCGUGCUAAUUCUAAUCCUCCUGUACUAGAUUAUAAGGAAAUGCCCACAUCACCAAUCCCUGGUAUCAACAAAGUUUCUGAUCUACAAUAUAUGCAAGACACAUCGAUGAACUUAUCAUCAGUUUAUUUACAUUCUACUAAUACAAUCUCUAAAAGUAAAUUAUUGGAACGGACAGAAUCAGCAGAAUGUUUACCACUUGAAUUUAAAGAAGCUAGUGAGAGAGGAAUGGAAGAUCUUCUCCUUGUUUCAGAAGAUAAAUUGGGUGUCGUGAGUCAUUCCAGACCGAGUUGGUUACCACCAAAGGAUUCUAAGGAGAGAAAGUUACAUGAGAGGGAAAUUAGUAAGAGUAUGAGUAUAGCCUCCAUUGAGCAAUUGGAUAGAAAUAAAGAACGGGAGGAGAGAUUGAUUCGAGAUGAAACAAAUAGACAGAAGUAUGUUUUAUUAUUAGAAAGAGACAUUACAAGAAAUUCCUCAUUGCAAAGUUGUAAGAAAGUCAUAUGGGAGACAGCUUUUGGUGAUGACACUAGACGUUCAGCAUAUGAUGAAAUUCUUCAAAGUAAGACUGGUCUUGUCACGGAGAAAUACAUUGAAUCGUUUGAUGGUCUAAUGAAGACAUUGAAGGAGAUGGAUUUCAUUGAAGGUAAAACUGUUGAAUUAAAGGCAUUAAUAAAAAAGGCUAUCGAAACGAAGAUUAGCGGUAGAAGUGGAAUGUCAUCUGAUUUACUUUUAAUGUUGCAAUUAAAAUCAAUUUCACAUGAAGGGUUACUUCCUGGUGAUGAACUUCUAUUCCAUCAUUUGUUGUUAUGUAAAUCCUUUACCUCGUUGAAACAAGUUUGGGAAAUGGUUAACUUAAUUCAAUUAACAUGUUUCAAUGAUGCAUGCAAGGAAAAAUAUGAUUCAAAUAUCAUAGAUCCUCGUGGUGUAGUCGCGCAUUAUCUUCUUAAGGACCCUGAAUUUCAAAAGGAAUUCACCUCUUCGUGUUUAAAUUAUCCCACCAUUUGGAAUGUCCUUGAGCGUGUGGAUCAUUCUCUUUUCAUGUGGAUUUUGGAUGCUAUUGUUGUUGCUAAUAAUCAAUGUUUUUCUAAACAUCCUGUGAAACAGAAUGACUAUCAGGAUAAGGAUUGGGACUAUUACAGAUCAAAGAAAGUUGUGGUUAAUUAUAAAAUCAUUGCAUCAUUAAUUUUGAAUGUAUUAUUAAAUUAUCAUUUUGGGUUCAACGAUUUACAACAGCUAUCCAGUGUGGAUGAUGAAAAAUUUUGCAUUCCUAUACCAUUUGAUGAUUUAUUAGAUAUGGAAGCUGUGAAUGGAGUAUUUAUGAAGAAAUGGCAGCAUUAUUAUAACAAAUUUUAA